AUGGCCAAAGAUUUGAUGCUCAUUGUUCUCAAAUCAGGCAAAACUGCUAAAGAAAUCUGGGAUCACCUCAAGAAGCUAUUUCAAGACAACAAAGGCAGCCGCGCAGCAACCCUUGAAAGUAAGUUUGUUAACCUUAAAUUUACUGACUGUAAUGGUGUUGAUGAUUACUGUGAUAAACUUAAAUCGUUCUCCGACCGGUUAAGUGAUCUCGACUUACCGGUGAAUGACAAGCGUUUGGUUAUUCAACUUGUCAAUGGCCUUCCGGAGGAAUACAACACUGUUGCAUCUUUCACUCAACAGUCAAUGCCUAGUUUUGAUUCUGCCAGAUCUCAACUGAGAAUGGAAGAGAUAAGGAAUUCUCAACAAACCCUAAAUCCUACACCGACGACACUGGCUGCUGCUGCCUCCCCUGUGCAGCGCCAAAAUCAGCGACAACAUCGUCCCAGCAACAUCAAACGUGGUCCACGACCACCCUCCAGGGGUAAUGUUAACUGGACCCAAAGCCCAGCGGCCCAACCACCUCUCCUGCCAACUCCCAGCAUGCAUCACACGGCCCAACAGACUCUAGGAUACGCCCGUCAGCCCAACUACCAACCUCACUGGUCUCCCUACUGUCCUGUGCCUCCCUGCCCGUACCCUACAUCCCCUGCUUAA